UACCUCUCUGUCUCAUGCACACAUGCGUAUACAUCUACGUCUGAAGUUCUUUAGCUUGUCAUGACUAGCAGGGAAGAGUUUCUUAGUGUUAAUAUUUGACUAAAGGAAGGAGGGCCCAAGCUUUUCUGUUUCUGUGUCUUGAGCAACAUUUAUUCAGGCUACCCUUUUAACCCUGAAAGUCCGCCCGAGAGAGACUUCUGCCUUUGAAAGCGAGGAGGGCUGAGAAGAGCUUUCAGCAGCAAUGGAGAUGCUAGUGCUGAUAGGCUUUGAGGGGACGAUGGCGGAUGAGUUAUCGAUGCAGCCGGGUGAUGUGGUGAAGAAUGUGAAGACAGCCAGUGAAGAGGGCUGGCUGGAGGGAGAGCUCAGAGGGAAAAGGGGCAUUUUUCCCUCCAACUUUGUUAAGGAAGUACCUGUUCACUUGACAGGAGACAGCCAGAGAGAGCCACGAAGCAUGCGGAAAUCGAAGAUGUCGUUGAAGGAACAGUGUAGGAAAUGUGAGGUGUCUUAUGCCUACAAGCCACUGAACGAGGACGAGCUGGAGCUGGUUGUUGGAGAUACUAUAGAGAUUCUUAGAGAGAUUGAAGAUGGGUGGUGGAUGGGGAAGAAAAAUAACAAAAUAGGAGCUUUUCCAUCAAACUUUGUAAAAGAAAUUUUUUCCUUUUCAAAAGAUGGAAAACUGAGUGAAAGCAAGAGCCGGCCUAAACUUUCUGAUGCUCUCUUCACUAAAGAGGGAAUACAAGAACAGAGAACAACUAUACGCAGAAAAACAAAUGUGAAAGAAUACUGUCAGGUCAUGUUUGAUUAUGCAGCCUAUGCUGAGGAUGAGCUGGACCUAAAGAAAGGAGACAUUGUCACCAUCAUCAACAAGGUCACUGAGGAUGAGGGAUGGUGGCAGGGGGAGCUGAAUGGGCGGAGGGGCUUCUUCCCCGAUAAUUUCGUCAUGGUUAUCCCGAAGGACGCUGUUCAACUUGGGGACAAAAACCAGCUACCACUGAGACGUGGUUCACAGAAGCAAUCAGUAAAGGAAGCUUCUGGAAUGGACAAGAACAGCACUGAAACAAGCUCAAAGGCAGAGGCCAAAGAUGAAAAACCAGAUGCCAGAGGUGAUCCACCGGGUAAAAUCAAGCUGCCUGGCAUGUUCAAAACUCCAGCCCCUCCCAUUAAGGACAAACCACACAAGCCUGCACCAAAGGCCAGUGAUGAUCAACCUCAAGCCUCACACCCAGAGAGUAAAGCCAAGGAUGCUGACCAGUUUGAUGGAUUAAAUGUAUCUUCAGACAAACUCAACCAUCCCACAGCCAGCAGGGCCAAACCCCCACAGAGGAGACCACCUACAGGCCUCAGUGCAGCCUCCAAUGCUACCAGUGACACCAACCAGAAUGAGGCAUCGGCAGUUCCCCCCAAGGACGCAGAUAAUUAUUUACCAUCAACCAAUAAAGCAGAGCAGGCUUUCAACAUAUCUUCUUUACCUCAGCAUCCUGUUCAGUCCAAACCCCAGACUGAGGUCAAACCAGCAGAGGUCAAGCCCCAGGAGGAGAAACCAACACUGGACAAAGUACUGGCUGAACUGAGAGAACUACGCAUGGCUCUGGAACUGCUCAAAAAUCGAUAUGAUGCCGAUAUGAAAGAGCUUAAAGAUGAGCUAAGCGAGGAAAAGAGCAAACGAAUGAAACUACAGGAUGAGGUCCAAACGCUGAAGAAGCAGAAAUAACCCUGUAACCCUGGAGGACUUGAUGAUCAUUUGGACUCGUUGUUUUUCUAUGUGUUACUGCUCCCACUGGAAUACUGAAACAGCGUGAGAUAUGCCGAGGACACAGCGCAUAGUGUGAGAGACAACAGAGACUGACACAGACACUCCCACAUGCGCAGACUCUGAAACCCACUGUCUGAUCCCACACUUAGUGACCCAGUCCUCAGUAAUUAGGACUACAGGCCUUUUGUUUUGCUCCAAAUUGCAUUCAGAAGAGAGAGCAUUUGUUUGCAGAAAGAUGCAAUGGAAUGGCUUUGUUAUUAUUUUUUCUUAAAUUCACUCUACUGUAUUCUCAUUCAGAUGUUAUUUUAUGUGCUUAUGUUUUCUCUGAGGAUUUUCACAACAUAUAAUGCUGCAUUUUCAUCUGAUAAAACCCUGAAAAGUCAAGUUGGAUGGCUGAGUUAUCCUUUAUGUCGGAUAUAUGGAUACCUGUCUAUCAAAUGCAUUCACUUCUUUUUCCAAGGCAGAAGAUGCACCACCAUCUUGUUAUUCUUCCUUUUUAAAAUAGAACUCAUAGCAGUUUAGUGUGUCAGACGGGGCAGUGCUUAUGGAAAAGGCACUUGACUGUUUUGACUUUUCUUCAUGAAAAGUUACCUGCUUCUCUGCUUUUCUGACUGUUAGAAUAGUCCAUUGGUUAAGAAUUACGGUGGAUGUGCUUUCACAGAAUCACAGCUUGAUCUCACGAGUUGUACUGCGACACUAGGCGGGAAUUUUACAUUGCUUUUAACAAGGAUAUUAAGCCUUGUUCUCCGUGUGUGUGUGUGUGUGUGUGUGUGUGUGUGUGUGUGUGUGCGUGUGUGGAUUUAAGGUGUUUGUGAUGAUCUAUGGUUAAGAUCAGGUAUAUUGUCAAAGAAUGUGUUUGACACUAGAGGGCACUCAUGAGAUAAAUGAAAUGAAUGGGAGCCUAUUGAGCUUUUAUGAACCGUAAUUUGUGAUAGUCAUUUUUAAGUCAUAAAGGAACUCCUUAUGUAAUCACAAAAUAUUGAAACUUAUUUAAACACUGCCAUCAUGCAUUUGUAACACCAUUAACUUGUUAUAAGCCUUAUUUGUAUUUUGUAUUGAUGAUGUGUUACUCUGCUAGUGAGUGGCUUGCAAACCAAUCAACACCCAGUAGCAAUAAUGCUUGCAUUCUAUAGGAUAAAACCUACAUUUGUUGCAAAAAAAAAGAAUCCCCCCAAAAUGCAUUUUUAUUCAAUUAUGUAAUACAUUUUUUGCCUUCUAUCAUUAAAGAAAGCUUCUGUGUGAAUAACUAGAAAUAAGUUUUUUGCCAUUCAGCUGCAGUCACUCCCAUUCAUUGCAGACUCUCACACCCUCUAUCGCUUUGGAGUCCUGUUUUUGGGAACGCAUGUAAUAGGACGAAAGGGAAGUUCUAAAAUGGUCUGGGUAUUAUGAAAAGUUCAUGUGAUCUGGAAGUAUCUGUGUCUGGUGUAUUUUAGGUGUCUUUGUGAAUAAAUGGUUUAUCUUCCAUCAUUUUCUCAUAGAUGUUAUAUUUCAUUUACAUUUUUGAAGUUACUCUCAUCUAAACUUGGCUCUGGUGGUGCUACGUAUGUUAAAACAAAACUUGAUGUUGAAGAUGAUCUUUGACUACUUUCUGGUGAAAGUGGGACUAUUCUCCCAGUCAAACUGUACUCUUAGCUUUCCUAAGUUUCACAGAUGCUGUAGACCUUAUUAAUGCUUGUAUCUGGUCUUUGGAUUAAUCUUUAGAUUACAGUAAAAUACUGUGGUUGAGCACACUAAGUACACAGCUUCUGCUAGGGCUCUAAACAGAGAUAAGAAAAAAUCACCACCCAUUUAUUACUCUCUUAUCACUACCACUGUGGCAUACCAUCACUGGCUUCUAAUGAAGCAGCUAGUGGAAGCUAAAUACUGCUGGUUUUAAAGUCAGUGAGUGACAAAAGGCCUGACUACCUCACUGAAAUGAACUGUCAUACUUCACUGUCACUUGUGCCCUUUAAAAAGAACCUUAUAACCUUUCAUUCUUGGGACUCUAGGUUUUCUUGAAAAGUACCUUUAUUUGUACUAAUUUAAACCUAUGUAUUUAUUUACUUAGCAAAAAGAAUUUAGUUGUAUGUUUUUCAUGACUCUUGUAAAACUAGAAAUGGUUAAUAUAGCUUUGAGAAGUGAUCAUGCAUGUGUAAAUCAGAUAUCAAGUUUUUUUUAAUAAUCUAUAUAUAACAAACUCACAACUUAUUAAUGUCUUAAAUAAUGUCCCAAAACACAAGUAUCUCCACAAUGGAAUAUUUACGGGAUAAGGCAGAAAUGGUCAUAACUAAUAAAAUAAGAUAUAAAGAGGUUUUAUUUGAAGUGAUUUUGGAGCAUUUCUGUUUAUAUAAUGUACACAAUGUAAAGGACAGCUGCUGUGCUCAAAUUGUGUAGGAAAAUAAAAGUCAACAUAUGUGAUUUA